CGCGAUUCUCGAUCGUUCCCCGACACCUGGCGGAAGGUAUAAAAAGCGAGCACUCCACUUUGGCCGGUUAGAUCAAAAACCUCUUGCUCUUAUCAGCAGUGUUCUUGGUGUUCUUUUUCAGUGAGCGGCUUCUCGGUUGUGUUGCUUUUCUAAAUCGAAUCUUUUGGCAAGAUAUAUUGUGUUUGAUCAAGUAAUGGCGUUGUCUAGCUUAUUCGACGACUUUCCUCUGUUGAGUUGGGACAAUGGUCACCGACGUCGUGCUCGUGGAAGACCCCUGCUUAUCAAUAUUUUGGACAGUUUGGAAGACACACUCGACCAGAAGGUUGGCCAUGUUUUCCGACGCUUGCCGAGUGCUUUACUGGAUUUAGAAGACGACUACGAGAGGAGUGGAAAUGGAAGAAAACGCAAGCUGCGUUCCGAAUCGACCCUUUCCCCGUAUGAGCCCAAGUCGAAAGUAUUGGUGUCUUCAAAGGACAAUAAAUUCAAGAUUAGUAUGGACACUGCCAACUACCAACCGGAGGAAAUCACCGUCAAAAUUGUGAACGACAAAAUUGCCAUCUCCGCUAAACACGAAGCCAAAGGUAAAGAUGUCUACGAGUUCAGUGAAAUGUACCGUUCGUUCGAUUUACCAGAUAACGUGGAUCCGGCCACUGUGACAUCUCAUCUUAGUGCUAAUGGACAGCUGACCGUCGAAGCUCCUUUGAAAGCUCUUGAGGAGUCUUCGACUACAAGGAAUAUACCUAUUACUUUUGAAAAUAAGGAGAAGGAGUCGAACGCCGCGAAAACACCUACAAAGGACCAAAGCCAGGACAAGGAGUGAGUUGAGGACUUGUGCUAUAUUUUGAUACGUACCAAUGUGUUCCUUUCAUUUUUUUGAUGUUCAAUCUUCCCAUUGUAUUUAAACUCAUUAAUUUGAAACAUUCCGUUUGAGUUUAGAGUUCUUAAAAUAUCGAUCUUUUUGUGAUUUUCAUAGUUUCUAAUUCUACUUCUGUUUUAUUUUGAUACAACUUGUCAACGUGCUCCUUUCAUUUUGUGAUGUUCAAUCUUCUCAUUGUACUGAAACUCAUUAAUUUGAAACGGUCAUUUUGAG